AUGCCCUUUCUUGCAGGUUCUCCCCAGCCUCCCUCAGGAGGCUUCUUGCCCUCAGCUCCUUCUGAGGACUCUGGCCAGACCCAGGCUCCUGCCCACAACACCUUUUUCAAUAAAGGCUCUUCAGUAAAGGACCCUAGCAUGUGUCCCCUGGAGGGUGGGGAGUCAGGGCUCCACCUGGGGCCCAAGGAGGCUGAACAGGGAUCCCACAGCUGCCUGUGGGACCCUGGGCAAGGCCCUUACUCACUUCUGCUUGCUUAUAAAAUGAGGGAUGAUACCGCUGGUGCUGCACACCCUGAAACCUCUCCUCCAGAAGUGAAAGUUGUGGAUAAUUAUUGCCAGAGCUGCUGCUGGGUGGGCAGCUCUUCCUUCUCGGUGCUGCCCACCCUGCUCUUCCUACCACCGUCACCCCCACCCCCUGCCCCAGCAGCUCGCAGGGCACCUCCCCCCCUCCUCUUCCCCCUUGGUGCUGGCCACCCUCCACCCCCGCCCCGAGACAGCCGGCGGGGCCCCUCCCCUCCUACUACUCCUCCUCCUCUCCCCUCCCUGCCGCGGUGGGUGACGUGCGCGCCAGGCAGGCGGGCAAGCGGGCAGAAGCCGGGCGAGGGUCCCCCGUGGGCCCGGCGGCGGGGGCAGCGGGCAGGCAUGGCGCCGGGGCCCGGGCCGGAGCCCAUGCCGGGCUACGCGCAGCUGCUGCAGCGGAGCUACCGGAGCCUGCUGGACGCGGCGCGGGGCUGUGCGGACUGUGGCUGGGAGCGGAGCCGCCGGAGCUGGGCCCAGCACGCGCACCUGGCCGCCGCCGAGCUGCUACUGCUGCUGCUGGCCGGCCUCGCCUGGACCGCGCUGCGCCAAGCCGCCGCCGCCCGCCUCUUUCGGCCGCUGGCCAGAUGGUGCCAACUGCAACCCAGGGAUGCUGCCAAGAUGCCAGAGAGUGCCUGGAAAUUCCUUUUCUACUCCACGGCCUGGGGUUAUAGCGCUUACCUGCUAUUUGGCACCAACUACCCCUUUUUCCAUGACCCACCUUCUGUCUUCUAUGAUUGGAAGCCAGGCAUGGAGGUGCCCAGGGACAUUGCCGUGGCCUACCUGCUGCAGGGCAGCUUCUACGGGCAUUCCAUCUAUGCUACCCUCUACAUGGACGCCUGGCGAAAGGACUCAGUGGUGAUGCUCUUGCAUCAUGUUGUUACCCUUAUUCUGAUCGUCUUCUCCUACGCUUUCAGGUACCACAACGUAGGAAUCCUUGUUCUCUUCCUCCACGACAUCAAUGAUGUCCAGCUAGAAUUCACUAAGCUCAACGUCUACUUCAAGUUCCGAGGAGGCGUCUAUCACCGGCUCAACGACCUCAUCUCGGACGUGGGUUGUGUCAGUUUCAGCGUCAGCUGGUUCUGGUUCCGUCUUUAUUGGUUCCCCCUCAAAGUGCUGUAUGCCACGUGUCACUGCAGCCUGCUCUCCGUACCCGACGUCCCCUUCUACUUCUUCUUCAAUGCCUUGCUGCUCGCCCUCUUGCUCAUGAAUAUCUACUGGUUUCUGUACAUAAUGGUGUUUGCAGCCAAGGUGCUGACAGGCCAGGUCCGGGAGGUGAGCGACGUGCGGGAGUAUGAUGAGGCCGGUGAGGGCCCCCGGACCCUGCCCUCUGGGAAGGAGGGCAACCCCCCAACCCCCAAGCCCUGGAAAGAAGAGAAGCCUUUGAGGAAUGGGCUGGUGAAAGACAAGCGCUUCUGAGGGGCUGCAGACCCCUGGGGACCCCCCUCUCCCUCCAGUUCCCAUCUA